AUGUCGUCAUCCCCGCAUUCACGAACCAUCAAGCGAUUGCUGGUCGCAAACAGAGGUGAAAUUGCCGUUCGCAUAUUACAUGCCACUCGGGAACUGCCUGAGCCAGUCGAGAUCUUCGCUCUGUACACGUCUGAUGAUCAGUCACACUGCGACAUCGGACGCCCACACCAUACAAUUCAGAUCCCAUCCGCGUCAUCCUAUUUGGAUAUCUCCCUGCUCGUUGAUCUAGUACAGAAGCACUCCAUUGACGCAGUCCACCCCGGGUAUGGCUUCCUCAGUGAAAGUGCCGAGUUCGCGCACCGCAUGUUUGCAGAAGCGGGGGCUAUUGUGAUCGGCCCUGGUCCUGAGAAUCUUGCACGUACCGGCGACAAGCUUCAAGCAAAGUUAUUGGCUCAAAGAUGUCAAGUACCUGUACUAGAAGCCAUGAAUCAGCCAACAGCCAAUGUUGAUGAGGCGCGGGCUUUUUCCCAUCGGGUUGGUUUUCCCGUUAUGAUCAAGGCUGUGGAUGGGGGUGGUGGACGGGGAAUUCGUCUGGUUCACGAGGACUCGGAGCUAGACAGUAGUAUCCAGCGUGCCAUUGGAGAGUCGCCCUCUCGGUCGGUCUUUGUGGAAAAAGCUGCUGUGGAUGGAUUCCACCAUGUUGAGAUCCAAGUUAUCGGCGAUGGCAUGGGACAAGUGCGGCAUCUCUGGGAACGAGAUUGUAGUGUACAGCGACGCUUUCAAAAAGUUGUGGAAUGUGCACCUGCAUUGAUGAGGGAUAGGGAUUUGGUAUCCAAGAUCAUUGACUCGGCUUUGAAGAUGGCUAGUGAGAUUCGGUAUCGCUCGCUGGGGACAUUUGAGUUCCUGGUUAAUGAACAGAAGGGGGAAUUCUACUUUUUGGAGGUCAACCCACGACUUCAAGUGGAGCACACUAUCACGGAAUCCAUCAGCGGAUUGGAUUUGGUGCAGAUACAACUUCUGCUAGCACAGGGAGCAACGUUCGAGGAUCUUGGCCUGGGCGCGGAGGUCAAUUCGAAGACGCCUCCCCGAAGAGUGACCGAAUUCGUCGUUCCUAGUGGGAAUGGGAUCCGCGUUGACACCAAUGUCAGCACUUCCAAUGGGAGUGCGUCAGUAGUGGGAUCAAACUUCGAUAACCUUCUCGCCAAAAUCAUUCUCACAGCAUCUAGCUGGGAGGCUGUGGUCCGAAAAGCUCAGCGAGCUCUGUCAGAUUCGAGAAUCUCUGGCGUGAAGACUAACAUUGAUCUUCUCCGUGGCAUCGUCUCGCAUCCGGAGUUCGUAACCGGCCAUAUUGACACACAGUGGUUAGGGCUCAAGCUUGACGAAAUCUAUCAUUUGGGACAACGCAUCGCAAAUACUCAGCACGGUGGUGAAAUAGUCAAAUCUAUUUCUCAACAAUCGUCAUCUCAGGCUGGACUACCUGCCUCAAAUCUCUUGUUCCGGAAGGGAGACGCGUGGUCUAUCACAUUGGAGCCACUGCAAAAGGAUACCUCUCAGGAACCUGCCAAAGUGGCCCACCAUCUUCGUCUCUCCCGUGUGCUUCGGAAUGAUUUCCCCACCUCCUUGGCCGCGGAGAUUGAGUACACAACCCCUACAUCCCAGACAGCGAUUCCGUAUCGAAUGCAGCUGGAGACCACCUCGACUGCGGCAUCGGCUCUGGUAUCUUCCACACACCGACGAGGUGACCCUCAGAAUCCCAGACAUAUUGUGCUACCUCUUUCCGGAAGGCUAAUUGAGGUUCUUGUUUCCGACGGGGAGAAUGUAGUCGAGAAUCAGGUGCUGGCCUUUGUCAAACAGAUGAAGAUGGAACUGGAGGUGCGAAGUCCCAGGGCUGGAAGAGUGGAAUGGGUCUAUGAAAUGGAGUAUGAAGAGGAAGAUGUGGCCGAGGGGAUGCUCCUUGUGGAACUGGAUGAGCCACAGGGGAAGCAGAUGCGAGGUAAGCUAUGA